AUGGUCGAAACCCCUGAUAGGCCGCGCACGCGCGCGAAGAAGGCGUGUCUGGCCUGCAAUGCGCGGCGGGUGCGCUGCAAUGUGCUGGAGCAGCAGCCGUGCCGGAAUUGCGUGGCAUGGAACCUCACCUGCGAGCUAGGUAUUUCACGGCGUGGCAAAUAUCCACGUCGGAAGAAGAAUGAUACCUCCGACUGUGCCAGCGCGCAGCCAAGCACAAUGGAAUCCCGAGCUCUAGCACAACGGCCGCUGCAAGAUAGCUCAGUGCACUACACACCCUCUGCCCGCCCGCCAAGUGCAGAUAAUGCAAUCCAGAAAACAGUCUUCCUCGGCGAAUCCAGCCCACUGACCUGCGUGGUGGAUGAAGGGCGACGAUCCCCAGACAAGGGCUAUGCAUGCGGGAUCCAGAAGGGACGGCUACACUAUUCCAUAUCGGAACUGUGCGACCCUGCAGAAUCCGGGGAAACCGCCCUGAGCCUACGGCGUAAAUCUCUUCAAGAACGACUUGUUCGCGAAAGCGCGUUGAUUUUUCCCUCACCGACGAUCUGCGACGUGCUUCUUCAGGCCUACUUCGAAUGGUUUCACCCCUGCUUUCCCAUCUUGGAUCGGCCGCAGGUACAACGUGCCUACCAAGAGAAUACCAUCUCGCCAUUACUGCUCCAGGGGAUGUUGUUCAUUGGAGUUAGCUUGUGUUCGGACCUCGCGUUGAAAACGACCGGCUUUACCGAUCGAUACCAGGCCAAGGGGGUCUUCUACCAGCGGGCGAAGGAGAUUUACGAUGUUGGAUGGGAGACUGAUACGAUCGUGAAGCUUCAGUCGCUGUUUCUCUUGAGCUUUUGGAGGGGCGGACCGACUGAGGAGCGAGAUGUUCGUUUCUGGCUGGGGGCUGCCACAGAUCUGGCGCAGAAGAAGGGGAUGCAUGUUAUGUCGAAACUGUCUUUCUUGACCCCUCGAGAUCAAAAGAUAUGGAAGCGCAUUUGGUGGGCUCUAUACGUGCGUGACCAGCAAACAUCCGCUGCACUUGGACUGCCCUCCCGAAUCCGCGAUGAAGAUUGUGAAGCUGCAGAGCUGGAACCGUGGGACUUUGAGGAAGAUGAUGCGACCGAAUUCUCCGAGGUUUUCCAAAAGCCACCACCUGCCCAUGUCUCUUAUGUUAUGGGGAUGGCUCAAUUGGCAAAGUUUUUACGCGAGGUCGUCACAAGCCAGUACCUUCCCGGACGAUCGAAACUGGACAACCCGCAGCGUCCGGCUCUUCACCAGAAAUUGGUUGACUGGGAGUCCGCUUUACCGACCGACAUGCAUUUCCAAUCGUCUUCGAGCCGACAUGUCAUGUUUCUCGUCGGCAUGCUUCACAUGGCCUACAACAACCUCUACGUCCUCCUUUACCGGCCGAUAUUCCUGCAACCACCGAGUGAAUCGAUGAAUCCGGAAGGAAAUAUCGCGAUCGACGCAGCCACGCGGAGUACGCGCAUCCUCGAGGACAUGCUAUCCGAGAACCUCGUACAACACGGUCUCGUUCAUCUGCAAGUAAUCACCCACACCUUCUCCGCACUCUGCAUCCACACAAUCCACUUCGGCCGCUCAACCAACACAGCCCGCAAACUCGCCGAACACCGCGCCAAACUCUGCCUCCUCGGCCUGAAAGAGCUCCAAAAGUCCUGGGAUCUAGAAAACUGGGUCCUGGACCUUUUCUUCCGCUGUCUUGACGACCGCACCGCCCGAAACCUACGACUCGCCGAGGGCGGACUCGCCCCUUCACUCUCCAGCCAACUGGGCAAGAACUCCCGGCCCGACACUCCAGCCCUGGACAUGCCCAGCACUCAACCUCUCUCCCCAACCUCGAACAAUGACGUGAUACCAACCACCGACACGCAAUCGGAGCCCUUUUUGCCGGCAGAGGACCCGAUCAACAUGGACUGGUACGAACUGUUCAACGCGGACGGCGAUGACGUCAUGGGGAUGGCGGGUUCGCUGAGCAAUCCGGACUAUCUCAACCCUCAAAACCUCGAGUUCCUCUACCGAUUUCUCUAG